AUGAACGCGCAGAGAAGGGGCAGGGGUCGGGGCCGAGACCAGGGCCAGGGAGGCAGCCAGGGACCCCGUGGCCGGGCUGGCCGCCACCAAACAUGUGCCUCAUGCAGGCACCAGAGGAGACGAUGCAAAGGGGACUGUAAGCCGGCACCAUACUUCCCAUUGUCUCGGUACGAGGAGUACGCGAGUGCCCACAGGCUUUUUGGCCUUGGCAACAUCACUAAGAUCAUGAACUCCGCAGCCCAUUGUGAGAGGCAGGGGGCUGCAGAGUCGAUAUUAGCUCAAGGCCGGGCCUGGAAUUUAGAUCCAGUGCACGGCUCCACUGAGAUCAUCAGGACACUCCUCGACCAGAUAGAUCGUCACGAGAAGGAACUCGCUGUUGUGAAUCAAUACCUUGAGUAUUAUCGCCAAGGUGGACAAGGAGAGCUUGAUCCUUCCUUAGCUGGGCAGUCCUCGCUUGUUUGCCAGGCAAGUCUUGAAGAACGCGGGAAAAUGAAGGCGAUCGAUGCUCAUCAGAUGGUUAACUGUGAUUAUGGAGAUCCUUCUCCGUCAACUGCUGUGCAAGAAACCAGCACUAAACCUAGAUUUGCUUCACCACCAGAUAGCGGCGUCUCGGACAUAAGGCUCCCCCAGUACAGUAAGCUUCUCCAGCUCGAUGAUUGCAAGUUAGCAGUCCAACGUGCGUGGAAAUUGCACAUUGCUGACAUAACUGAUCUUCAGCGCAAAUACCAGAAUGCCAAAUCCGCUGGUGCAAAGUCCAAGCACUGA